GUUGGAGCAAGUAUGUGCGUGCUGUGUGUUUGUGGGAACUGGGGGAGGGAUUGGUUUGAGAUCAGACAAAGACUGAGCUGCUGAUUCCUCCAGUCUUGUUAUUCUGCAAAGUCUGGAAGGAGCAGCAUGGGCCUGGAGCUGUACUUGGAUCUGAACUCACAGCCCUGCCGAGCUGUCUACAUUUUCGCCAAGAAGAAUAACAUUGUGUUUGAGUUUAAGGAGGUCGAUCUGUCACUAGGUCAGCAGUACAGUGAGGACUUUGGCAAAGUGAAUCCCCUCAGACUGGUGCCAGCGCUCAAGGAUGGAGACUUCACCUUGGGAGAGAGUGUGGCGAUUCUCAAAUACCUGGCGUGUAAAUACAAGACACCCGACCCCUGGUACCCAGCUGAUCUCCAGAGGCGUGCCCGAGUGGAUGAGUAUCUGGCCUGGCAGCACAUGACCAUUCGAUAUCAGGGAUGCAGGAUUUUCAUGUUCAGGGGCCUGUUGCCAGUUUUAACUGGGCAGCCAGUGCCUAAGGACAGAAUGGACGAGGCCGUACAGGAUCUGCAAACAGCCAUCCAGAUCUUUGAGGACACCUUCCUGCAGGACAGACCGUACAUCGCAGGACAGGAAGUGUCCCUGGCUGACCUGGUCGCUCUCGUCGAACUGAUGCAGCCUGUGGGAACAGGACUCGACCCCCUGGAAGGACACCCGAAGCUCAUGGAAUGGCGGGAGCGAGUCAAGUGUGACGUGGGUAAGGAGCUGUUCGAUGAGGCCCACGAGAAGCUGAUGAAGUGUAUGCAAUUAAUAAAUGCUCUGGACCGUAACGCUCCUUCAAUACAGCAGUUUCUGAAACAAGUGCAGAAGAAAUUCAAAUGAAGGGGCUUGUGAGUCCAAAAGUCUACCAUGCUAACUGCGGUUUGGCUAAUACCCUCCAGUAUCACCUACAAUCAAAUAAACUGCCCGAAACAAUGAAACAA